AUGAAGCACUUCUCUCUCUUUCUCGUCGUUCUCUUCCUGUCUUCAACCGUUGUUUUCAAGACUGCACAAAGUAGAUCAGUUCCAGGUAUCUCUUUUGCAAAGAAUUAUGAAGCCCAAACUAGAUCAAUUCAGGGUAUCUCUUUUGCAGAGAAUUAUGAAUAUGAGGAGCAAGCAAGUACGAGAGAGCUGGAGAGGCCAGGAGGUUUGGCUCUGCCCACACCAUCAGGAUCUCCGGGCAAGCACAAAUCGGAAUUGGGCAUUCAGCUGCCUGGGCAAUCUAGAAAGUGCUGGUCAUAUAGUAGCUGGAAAAGUACUUUUCCGGCUUUUUCCAGUGGUCCAGAUGUUUUUGUGAGAAAGCGGUUGCAUACUUGUUCAUGUGUGCAAGUGCUUUUUCAUGUUGAUGGAAAAGCUCCUCAUUCCAUAACAAAUGGGGAGAUAAGAGGCAUAAGUUCAGUGGAUAGCAAGCUCUUUCAAAUCCUAUUGUUUCGCUGCAAAAAUAUGAAAGUCCAGUCCAUCAAAAUCUCAGCACCAGGUGACAGCCCCAAUACUGAUGGAAUCCAUAUCGGCUCUUCAUCUAAUAUCUCGAUCUCGCAAUCUCGCAUUGGAACUGGUGACGAUUGCAUCUCCAUUGGUCCUGGCACCGCCCAAGUAACCGUGAGAGACGUGUUUUCUGGACCAGGACAUGGCAUCAGUGUUGGAAGCUUGGGCAAGUUCCCCAAGGAGGAGGAUGUGCAAGGGAUACAUGUGGAGAAUUGCACCAUCUCAGAUACCACCACUGGUUUGAGGAUCAAGACUUGGGCAGACUCAGCCAGCAGCUCUGCCUCCAAUUUCACAUAUGAAGAUAUCGUGAUGAACAAUGUGGCCAACCCCAUCAUCAUAGAUCAACAAUAUUGCCCAUACUCUUCUUGCCCACAGAAGGAUCCUUCUCCAGUCAAGAUCAGUGAUAUAAGUUUCAAGAACAUUAGAGGAACCACUUCUUCAAAAGUUGCAGUGAAUCUCUUGUGCAGCGAGGCUUUCCUAAGCCAAAAUGUCAAGCUCGAUGAUAUAAAAUUGGAGUACAACGAACAGGGGAGACCUUCGACCGCCUCGUGUACCAAUGUGAAGGGGGUCUCUGCUGGAGUACAAGCGCCACCAACUUGCCUGUAG